GCGAAGGAAGAGGUUUUGGCUUGCAGCCAUAAAUCGUCAGGAAUUGACAAAGAAAGCUGUGGAAAAUUGUAGAGUUUGUUCCAGGCAUUUUAUUAGUGGAAAGCCAUCAACUUUGUAUGAUGAAACCAACCCAGAUUGGGUGCCUUCUUUAAACCUGGGUUACAAGCAGUGUACCUCAACUGAUCCGGGCCAAAGAUACAGUAGGUUACAAAACCGAAAAGAAACCAAACAGACUAGGGCAGCUGCUUUAACUCUUUUGGAUCUGAACGCGUUAUUUGAAGAGGGGGGAGCUGUUUCCAGUACAGAUACCGAACCUGAGGUAGAUAACGAAACUGAGGAUGCCCAUAUGUCUGACCCUGAAAAGCUUAGAGUAGCAACAGCAGAAAUUGUGGUGCUUAAGGAGGAAAAUGAAAAACUGCGCGAGGAAAUUAAAACUUUAGAGAAAGUGGUAUUUAAAUUGAAGUCCCAUAAACCAGAAGAUUUCGAAAAUGAUGAUGACAAGGUCAAGUAUUAUACUGGCUUGUCCAGUUUUGUCACACUCAUGGCUUUGUUUGAUUUGCUAAAAACAGAAAUAACAGAAAAUAAGCUUUCUUUGUUGACAAGAUUCCAAAAAUUUAUUAUAACAUUGAUGCGGCUUCGACUAAAUCUUUCCAUCACUGAUCUGAGUUACCGGUUUGGUGUGUCAAAUUCUACCAUAUCGAAGGUGUUUCUGGCUACUGUCAAUGUGAUGUAUGAAAGGCUCCAGCCACUAGUGCGUUGGCCAGACAGAGACGAGCUUCAUGACACCAUGCCAAUGGUUUUUAGAAAAUAUUUUGGACGUAAAGUAACUGUAAUUAUUGACUGUUUUGAGCUCUUUAUUGACAGACCAUCCAAUAUGACAGCUCGAGCGCAGACAUGGUCAAACUAUAAACAUCAUAACACAGCAAAAUAUCUCAUUGGGAUUACACCGCAAGGAACUGUUAGUUUUAUUUCAGAAGGAUGGGGUGGAAGAGUAAGCGACAAACAUUUGACGGCUAAUUGCGACUUUCUGUCAAAUUUGAUUUAUGGGGAUGUCAUUUUGGCUGACCGAGGUUUCGAGAUUCAGGAAAUGGUAGCUGUGUACGGAGCUGAGGUGCGAUAUCCAGCUUUUAUGAGAGGGAAAUCCCAACUGACCGCAUCUGAAGUGGAAUCCACAAGGAAAAUUGCAAAUGUGAGGAUUCAUGUCGAGCGAGUAAUUGGCUGUGUGCGACAAAAAUUUACCAUUCUUGGAGGGACAUGCCCCAUUGACCAUCUGAUUUCAAAAGAAAAUUCAAAACCACUUUUAGAUAAAGUUGUUUUUGUUUGUUGUGCACUUACAAAUAUGUGCCCAUCAGUUGUGCCAUUUGAAUGACAGCAAACAAUAUAUAUUUUUACAGAACAGCAGCCAUGAAGGACUUGAGACAUGUAACAAAAAUAAUUUAAAAACUCCAAACCCAACAUGUCUGCAGUUUAUUACUUUUUCCAUCUGUUGAGAUUUUUUUUCUCACAGGAAACUGUAGUAACCCUAGCUGCACUGACGAGCCCUGGGUUGGGCGAAACAUGUUACCAUGUUAUUUUUUGUAUCAAAAAGUAGAUUGUGCCUCAAAUCUUGAAACUAAUGUAUAAAACAUAUUACAGCCGAAUAAUUUAAUACAUGUAUUGAGAAAUUCAGUAACAUGCUUGGUGGAUGUUACAAAUUAGUUUGCUAUGUUUGAUUAGUUUUGUCAAUAUCAGCUUUCCUUUUAUAGUUGCCAAUCGUCAAGCUGUCAGUAUUUGUAAUUACAUGUUGCUGGUCAAUUUGUACCGGAUUUGGUCAUUUUGAAAACCAUGGUCAUUCCGUACUUCAUUUAGUACUAUAAAAUAAAUAAAUCUACAAAUAAUGCAAACACCUUUGCAAUAUUUAUAAACAGUUUUUGCUUUGCUAACCAUUUAACACUCAUGUUUUUGACGUUGCAGUAUUGCAUAUUCUAAUCUUUAUUACUGUUAUUGUCACACUCAAAUGUUUCUUGUGUUUUCACUGAACAUUCAUAUUUAAUAAUUUAUUUAAGACUUCAAAUACCUUUGACCGAAGUGAAAUAUGGUACUUACAACUAUGAUGUUGCAUCUUUAAUGGUGAGAUUUAUAUACAGUGUAGAUGUACUUGUGAUUUGAAAGGUGGUGUAUGUGUGACUGUUUUAGCAAAUAAAAAAAAUUUGCUUUAAAAUUUGUUUACACGUUUCGCCCUCCCAGGGCUCAUCAGUGCAGCUAGGGUUCCUUAUCAUUUCUGACAAGAAAACUGCAGACGUGUUGUUGAGCUCUAUUCCAUUUAAUAAUUGAAGUUCAUGGAAACAAUUUGUAUAUUCAAGCUUACAAGUUCCUUGCUGUUGAUUUCACUGGACAAACAUGAUGAAAAUCACAACCCAGUAAUAAAAAUGCAUACAGGUUAA